GGCGGUGAGUGGGGCGCUCGGGGCUCUGGAUGCUCGGGCGGCGCCGGAUCUCGGCCGCUGGGGCCCGGGUGCGGGAUGCUGGGGGUGCGCAGCUCCGAAGCGCGGCGUGGGACCCGAGGCCGAGGCCGAGGCCCUGAGAGCGGCCCGGCGGCAAGGCCUGCCCGCGCCUGGCGCUCUGAGCGUUUUCCUAGGCACCUGGCCAGCCGAGGCAGGGCGCCGGGGCUGGGUCCGGGAGCCUCGGACGGCGCAGGGCCGCCUCCCGCGAUGCCGAGGGUGCCCCCGGCGAGUCUGGGGAACCUGCAGCCCUGGCCUCGCCCCUAAGGUGUGGGAAGCCGAAGGUCCCGUUGAGUGUGGUUGGCCUUGACUGGGGCGUUGCACCGGCACGAUCGCAUUAGCCUCACUGGUUACGGGCAGCUGCUGAUGGGACCGUGGUUACGGGCUGCAGAAGAUGUCAACGUUACUUUCGAAGAUCAGCAAAAGAUAAACAAAUUUGCACGGAAUACAAGUAGAAUCACAGAGCUGAAGGAAGAGAUAGAAGUAAAAAAGAAACAACUCCAAAACCUAGAAGAUGCUUGUGAUGACAUCAUGCUUGCAGAUGAUGACUGCUUAAUGAUACCUUAUCAAAUUGGUGAUGUCUUCAUUAGCCAUUCUCAAGAAGAAACACAAGAAAUGUUAGAAGAAGCAAAGAAAAAUUUGCAAGAAGAAAUUGAUGCCUUAGAAUCCAGAGUGGAAUCGAUUCAGCGGGUGUUAGCAGAUUUGAAAGUUCAGUUGUAUGCAAAAUUUGGGAGCAACAUAAACCUUGAAGCUGAUGAAAGUUAAACAUUUUAUAAUACUUUUUUUAUUUGUUUAAUAAACUUGAAUAUUGUUUAAAAUGAUAAUUUUCCUUCUUCAAAUGACAUGGAAAGCAAAACUUUCUUUUUUGAAAAUUUUCAUUUAUUUAAUGGAAACUUGCCUAUUUUCACAUGUCUGCUUAUUUAUUUUAUAUUUUUAAAAGAAGACAGUAUUCACCUAUGUAUUUUGCAUAACGAUUAUAUCAAGUCUAGGGGCUUCAUGUCAUGUUAUUAAAAUCAGUUAAGCAAUC